AUGGCAACACAACGCAAACCUCUAUCCGCUGAAAGCAACGGUACUCCUACUACAGCUGAGACGCCUGCUGGUAACAUGCGCCUCCCGACCUCGUCUGCUCGUCGCUCGCCGUUCCUCCCUACGCGCCUCGAGGCCCAACUCAUCGCCAUCUACCCGCUUACCCUCCUGCUCGGCAGCGUAUUCAGCACGCUCUCGCCCUCGACGCGCAAUGCGCCCUAUUCGGCAAGCCUACAGUCGCACCCAGCCGAGUUUGCGCCCUCGUACUUUGCGCAAAAGAAGAACGUCUUCAACGUGUACUUUGUCAAAGUAGGUUGGCUCUGGACCACGCUCGCAUUCGCCGUUUUUGUCAUCUUCCACCCCAGUUUUGGACAGGGUGCAAGCACGAGGAGAUUGAGAGCAUUCUUGAGAUAUAGUCUUGUUACCAUGUGGUGGUACUUCUUAACACAGUGGUUCUUUGGCCCGCCGCUUAUUGAUCGCGGGUUCAGAUUUACGGGCGGCCAGUGCGAGCUGCUGAGGAAUGACGACGCGAGAGAUGAUAUGAGUACCCCGAGGGAAUACAUCACGGCUGCAACGUGCAAGGCGGUGGGGGGCACGUGGAAGGGUGGUCACGACAUCUCGGGCCAUGUCUUUUUGCUCAUCCUUGGGUCUUCGCUGCUAUGGCUCGAGUUUCUCCCUGCAUUGACGCGCGUUGAGGGGCUCAGGGACGGCAGGUUGAUUACCCUACCUGAUGGAAAGGUCGCGAGUGUGGCCGUGGAAAAGGACCUAGCCAAGACUGAGGGCGAGGCUACUGCUCGGGGCGUCAAGUUUGCUCUCGGCGUUGCGGCGUUGAUGUGGUGGAUGCUGCUCAUGACCGCGGCUUACUUCCACACUUGGUUUGAGAAGUUCACGGGACUUCUUGUGGCAUUUGCGGGGCUGUGGACCGUGUACUUUCUUCCAAGAGGUGUCCCGCAGGCAAGGGCGUGGUUGGGCAUGCCUGGUGUAUGA